AUGGGUAUUGAUAUUCGGUCCUUGAUCUUUACUCCAAAUUUGGGGAUUCCAUUGGGGCUAAUUUCUAAUUUUAAAGAACUUCACGACCACCAACUUCCAAAAUUUACAAAGAGAAGUAAGAAAACCCGUUUACGGUUUAUCUCUCUCUUUCAUGGGCUUGGAAAUUGGAAUCCGCACUCUCCUCGCACUUCUUUACCAACCCAGAAAACAAGAAGGGAUCUUCCGCUGCAAUUGCCUCAGGUUAAGAUGUCUCUCUGUUUCAGAGAGGCUAACUCCUGCGUUGAUGCUCUAGCGAAAUUGGGAGCUUCUAUCUCUGAUGGUAACACUCGUUUUGUAACCCCUCCCCCUGAAGUUAUUCCCCUUUUGCAAUUUGAAUUCCUGGGAAUGUAUGGUAAUAGGCUAUGUCCUACUGCUUGUGGAACAACUUUGGUUAAUCUAUAAAUUGAUCCCAUAUUUACCAUAUGUAUAUUUCAAUGUGUUAGAAUUAAAAUAACAAUUGACAUUAAA